AUUUUAUCUGCAUUGACCUACAUAAGCUAUACAGACUAGAUUAUAAACAGUGACUACGGAGUAUAAAACAGAUAUUUCUCGCACUUACAUAUAUUUAAAGUUCAACUAUGUCUCGUUCUGGAACCUGCCUUACGUUUUUCGUGAAUGGAAAGAAGAUUUGUGAAACAAGUCCAGAUCCAAAGUGUACACUUCUGCAGUAUCUCCGGCGAACACUUUUUUUACCAGGCACAAAAGAAGGGUGUGGUCAUGGAGGAUGUGGAUCGUGCACUGUGAUGGUGUCUAGAUAUGAUUUUACCAGCAAGCGCAUUAAGUAUCCUAAGAUUGCCACCUGUUUCUCAUAGCUGGUGAAUUUG